GGAUUUAAUGUGACACGUAUACACAUGUAAAGUACAUGCAUAAACAAUCAUUAUAGAAAUACGCAAACCACGGACAACGUAACAUACAGUGUCCAUUUGUAUAUGUGAACGUUUAUAAAACUAUCAGAGCAUUGCUCCGUGAGGUACACAUCUGUGUGUAUGUGUAGGCCUGUGUCCAUGUCAGACAAGUGUAGCCAAUCAGAAAGGGUUUACCAAGAGAAGGGGUCAUCCAAUGGGAACACGGUUAAGUAAAGUAUGGAAGGAAGUUAGAAAGAGCCCUUCGAACACACACGUGUUGAUCAGUUUACAUGGAAUUUGGUGAUGAUGAAUAACCUACCAGAAAUCUAUUAGAACACUAAUGAGGUAAAGUUCUGCGACUGGAUCUAAGGUGUUAAUGAUGGUACUGUUGACUGUGGCGCCCUCGACUAUGUGAGAUGCGUCCUAAUACUGCCGACGAGGAGUCCAAAGCGGCCCGCACUUGGUGGUUAAUACUUUUGAUGGUAAUAACUGCGGGUAUUGCAGGAUUCUUCCUCGCCAGACCCUUCGACAAUGGGGAGAUUGACACGUACUACUUACUGCUGGGCGGAGUAAUCAACAUCUUCAUGGUGAGUGUAAUUGGUACGGCGAUUUGGCAAAUCUACACCACCGCACGGGAGGAGAGGAUCGUCGUGACCAGGAAAUAUGUCAUUUUCGUCCUGAUAGGUCUUGUUGCAAAAUUUAUUUAUCUGAGGAGUGUUCAAAACGCUGCUUUAACUAGAUGUGUUCCGAAUAUGGUUGAGGAGUGUCGAAAGGCAAUAGAGGAAGCGGACUACAGCCCACUGGUGACCGUUAUAGGAGACCUUCUCCUCUUUUCAGCUGUUGGUGUUUUAAGUGUUUUCCUAAUCCAUUUUGUAUUAGACCCGAUAGACAGAGAAGGUUUCACUGGAUGGAUAUCACAUUUCAAUAAACUUAAAGAUGAUAGAAUUAAAAGUAUUCCUCAGGAUGUUAAAAGUACAGACAGUGAUACCACAGCUACAGAGACAGUGUGAUAUCGAAUACACGAUGCGUAAACAGAAUGUGUUUUAAGUAAAUGAAUAAUUCAUAUCGUAUGUUAUGUAAGAAAAGAAGACGUUUUUCUUCAAAAGUCUUUAAAACAAAUGGCAAUUCUGGCAAAAGUCUUUUAACCAAAUGUCAAAAGCAAUACCUACACAUAUGGGGAAAACCGAUAUCAGGAGUUUCCUUCAGUGAAAGAGACUUCGAGACAAUGGGUGCAUCAAACAAUAAUGUCAUAAUAACUUCACACCGGGUGCAACAUGAGCUAAAGAGGGUCUGCGAUAUGUGCAAGGGGGAGACGAGAUGAAUAGAGAGAGAAAGAGAGAGAGAUAUCAUUUGUUUUAGUUAUAAAACGCUGAAUUUUACCUAGAAUGUUGCUACAUGAGUUCACAGUUAGAUAUCGUCUUGUCGUUCUGAACCUGCAUGAACUUUAAAAACAGAAUUGGUAAUUAAAGAUACUUGUGUUACCUUUACAUAACACAGCAUGAAUCACGUAUUCGAUUGGAAGACAGAAGAGAAAGUUAGAAACAAGGCCAACUUAAUUAAGUACGGUUAUUAUCUCGAACCCAGGUUACAGUGAUAGCAUUAUAUAAGCGUUGCAGUUUGAUUUUGUCUACGUUAUUCACUUAUAAUUGAGAAUGCUUAUUUAUAAUGAGUAUUCUUAAAACUUCAUUUGUCAAUUUCAUUAUAAUACAUACAUCAAAGAGGACAAAUGGCAAGGUAUGCUAGGUUUUGCAGCAUCAAAGAGAAAUAGUGUGGCUAUGAAAGCAAUAACUAAGGAUGACGGUCGUUAUACUGUGCCUGAGAUGGCUCAUAUGUGUGGCGUUACAGAGGACAGUACACAUCACAUUCUGACCAAGUGCUUGAAAGUGAACAAUCUGUGUGCCCGAUGGAUGCCCCAUUUGCUGACAUCUGAACAAAAAGCCAAACUAUUUUAAAUGUGCUAAAGAUAUUGAAAACGUACAGUAAUUGCGACCAAGAAAGUUAUCUGAGCUAUUUACAUGUGUGAAACCUGGGUGUAUUUUUUCCAACAGACGUAUUAAAAGAAAGCGGUGGGUGUCGAGAAAUCAAGCAAGGCCAGUAAAUGCAAGAGGUUUUAAAGGCGCCAAUACCGUUUUGUGUGCCAUUUUGUUUUCGAUUCUAGCGGGCCUUUGGUUCAAUUACCGUGCAACGAAGGGAAACGAUCACUGCCACAUUUUACAGAGAAAAAGUGGUGAAGCCUAUAGGAAGAUUAUACAAUGUGGAUGAAAAAGCGUUCAAAUAAAGGGUUGAGUGACAUCAAGCUAUUUCACGACAUCCAAUA